AUGGCAAUGGAAGCUCUAGCUCAUGCACUUGUGGCAUUGAAGAUGGGCCUUCAAGAGCUGAACCAUUAUUGUCAAGCACAUUAUGGACAGGUUCACUAUAUUAACACCAGUAAUCUCUUACAUGAGGACAGUUUUCCAUACAUUCACAAGUUUGUGACAAAGUCAAGAGAAUUUGACUUUUCUUAUGUGAAACCACUAUAUAAUGGAAAGCCACUCUUUUUAGUGAAAGGAAAGUCUGGUGAUUUUCAGGACAAAUUGAUAGUUGUGAAAUUUGUCAAAAGGUAUGGUAUAGAAGGUCACAAUUACUGUGCAAUGAAUAAAGUUGCCCCCAAAGUCUAUGCAUACAAUCAUAUAACUGGCUGGAUCAUGGUUGUCAUGGAAUAUCUAUCAGAGCAAGAAUAUAUUAAUAUCACUGCCCAUACUGCUAUUCAUGACUGGAAGCAAGAUCAAAAAGUAUUGUUAAGGAAAGCAGAAGAUGUUGUCAGUAUCUUACAUGCUGGAGGUUUUGCACACGGUGACUUGCAGGUAUCAAACAUUAUGACACAAAUGAAAAUUAUAGAUUUUGAUUGGUGUGGACUUGAUGGGAGUGUUACUUUAUCCACAUUUUAUCAACACCAAUGUUCCAUGGCAUCAUAA